UUAACAAAAUCAAUGUAAUGCAAAGACAAAAAGCAACAGAUGAGCGUGGACGGCGAAACAGUGCAGCCAAUGUAUGUAGCGGCUAAUUUUUCACGAACAGUAGAUAACGACGAACGCUGAUCGAUGACCGUCGCCAUUAAUCGUAGUGUCACCAGGCAGCUACAACCAUUCGGUUUGUAACCAACAAGUUCGUGCCCAAAAUUGUCAGAAGAUUAAUUGCGUUUCUCAUUCUCAAUCAUUCUUAAUCAUGGAUCCAGGUGUCGUUCAAGCUUCUUCAAGUCAAACAUCAAGCCAACUCAAUCCACUACAUAUGAUCUUAAGAGGCUGUUUUGUUUUUAUUGACAUUGGACGAGAUUUAGCUCCGAAUUAUGAUACUCUAAACGAUAAAUUAAUUCAAUUAGGCGCUAAAAUUGAAAAAACAUUAAGUAAUAAACUUACGCAUAUUAUAUUCUUCAAAGGUGUUCUUAAAACAAAAAAAGUGGCUGCGAAACUGAAUAUCCCAUUGGUUUCACCCCAAUGGGUAUAUUAUUGUUACAAAGAGAAAAAAAAACUAAAUCAUUCAGACUAUCCACCUUUAUGUAUAUGUGCUUACUCAUUACAAAAUAUAGUAAUGAGAAAUCGUGUGGAUGUAAAUGAGAUUAAACACCGUGACCCAAACGCCGCUCCUAGGCAUAGCAUUGAGGAAAUUAUUGAUGAAUUGAAUUCGAGUUUAGAAGAAAUUCAUGAAAUUGAUAAAUACAUAAGCAUUGCAACAGGAAAAAAUGUAGAAGACAUGUGAAAUGCUCCUUCUAUUACAAUUAUUUUAUAACAAAAUCUACACUUUUAGUUAGUCUAAUCUAACUAAACUUU